AUGGCUAUUGGAUGGGAAAGUAAUAAACUCCCAGAGAUUAACAGAAUCAAAAUAGACGUACAGGAAAACUUGGACGAAUUUACCUUUUGGGAGGGAAUAGAUACGCCAGGUAGCCCACUAAUCAGCGAAGCCAUUGAUCCUAAAACACAGGAGAUAAAUCAGUUCAAAGUAGUUUCAGUUACAAAGACGGCUAGGUAUGACAAAGUAGAGGGUGCGGGUGGAGAAGUGGUCUAUAUUUAUGGUGACUGGAGAGAGGGGGCGCCGCGGAUAGGAAAUACAAUUAGUAUUAUACCGUGCCUGUGCUGUGUGCACACUUCGCAGGCAGACUUAAACUGUGUGUCCAAUGAGCAGAACUACUUAAUCAUCCACUCUAAAAAGUCGUUAGUCACCACUAAUAUAAUCGAAUCUUUGGAGUGUGUGCGUAAAGCAAUGCUUAUGGAAAAAACUGUGCAGUUUGGCCGAAAAGUCACUAAGCCACUAAUUCAUGGUAUAAUAAUACACGAGUGGCUGGACCUUUUAAUUAAAAACAAAAACAUAACCAUACCAGCAGUUGCAAAAGAGCUAAAAAACAUCAUAUGCAAGUAUAUUUUUGAACUAUACCAAAUACAGCAGCCACUGGGCGAAGCAUUCUCAGAAAUAUUUAUAUACUUUGGUGCACUGAAAGGAUUUAUAAGCAAGCUCGAGUAUACUAAGUCAGAAGAAAGUAAGACAGUGCACAGCGAGUUGCUACAGCUAAAGGGAAAGCCCGAUGUAAUUAUAGUAAAUAAUCAAAAAGAAACAGAAAUAGAGCUGAAGACAGGGCAAAGGUUACAUCUGGAAAACAUUGCACAGGUAGUUUUGUAUGGACUUUUGCAAAGAGAGCAGAAGGGGUAUACAUUCCAGAAGCUAUUUCAUUUAAAAAGCAGUGAGAUAAAAGAUGUAUUUCUAAAACACUUUGAGGUAAUACAUAUACUUGGAAAAAGAAAUAGAAUGGUAAGAGAAGCAAAAUUGCCAAGAAGAAAGGAAAUUUCUCACUGUAACUUUUGCAGUGUGGGAGAUAUAUGUCUUACAACCUCACAAAUAGAGCGGGCUGCACAAGCAUCACAGAAAGAGAUGUCUCAGCGAAGCCAGGAUAAAGGCACAAAACCAAGCGACUUGGAUCUGCUGAUAAACUUAGACCUGUCAAACUCAUAUUUAUUUGGAUAUAUUUGGGAGAAAAUACAAGAAGAGGAAGAUCUCUCUAAGGAGAGUACUAUACUGGCAAUUGUAGAAAUGUGGGACAAUAACUACUUGAAGGUAAGAAUGAAGGAAGCGUCAGCAGCCACAUUCUACAAUGGAGAGUUUAUAAUGAUAUAUGACAAAGGCCAGUGUGCAUUUGGUCGAGGUAUAGUUACCAUUGUUAAUGGGGGAGUCAUUGAAAUUCACAUGCAUGAAAGACUUAUUUACAACCAUGGCGGAACAGUCCUUGUUUCUAAGGAUCCAUGCCUAAAGAUGUUUGCUGAGCUUAGAACUAGUCUACUUCAUCUGUUUUCAUCUGAGAAAGUUAAGACAAUGUGGAUGAGCACGCCUGUACAGGUGCAGACAAGCAUUCCUCAAGAGUUUGUACCAGAAUUUCUCCAGCUAAACUCUGACCAGCAGAGUGCUUUGUUUAAUGCGCUUCAUAUCAUGCCGUAUACACUUAUACACGGAAUGCCAGGGACGGGGAAGACCCGUGUGAUAGCUUUAUUGACUAAAAUAGUUACAAGCCAAAAGAAAACUGUGUUAAUAUGCUGCCACACCCACUUAUCACUUACAAAUAUUGAAAAACGGCUAGAGGGCGUCCCUUUUAUUCAAGUAUACAGAACAGGAAGAACCAAAGUGAAUCAUGUUUUGGAAAACAAAAAUCUUUCAGAGACUUUUGAUGUUUUCAGUGAGUACAAUGUUAUUUUAUCUACAACGCGGGCAUUAUACACUGAUCCCAUCUUUGCAGACAGAGAGUUUGAUAUGUACAUAGCAGAUGAAGCCACCCAGCAGAAUUUUCUGUGCUCGGUUUUACCCAGCAUGCUUUCUAAAUCAAUUGUACUGGUUGGUGACCAUCUGCAGCUAAGUCCACUUUCAAAAACAGACUGCCUCGGCAUAAGUCUGUUUGACAUUCUUAGAAGAAAACACCCAAUAAAUGCACUUACCAUGCAGUACAGAAUGCCAAAGUGUAUAAUGGAUGUGAGCAAUGAAUUGUUCUACCAGAAGAAAAUGAAGUGCAAAGUAUCAGAAAAAGGAUGCAUUUCAUUUUGGGACAUGUCAAAUGUGCCACUACCUGACAUGCAAGACAUGAUUGUUUCAUUUAACCCAGAUGCACAAAUACUCUGCUAUUUUAAUGAGCAAGUGAGAAAGAUCCGAUUCCUAGGAAGAGAAGCAGAGACAGUAGAUAAAUUCCAAGGAAGCGAGUCAGACCAUAUUCUUCUUGUUGUAGAUUUAUUCUUGGAAAGCACGCCUCGGCAAGAAAUACUUAUAUCUCCAGAAAGACUAAAUGUGGGAAUAACCCGGGCAAAAAAAACGCUCACCGUUGCAGGGCGUGUUAAGUUUUUAGAAACAAUCCCUCUGUUUGCUUCCUUUUUAAAUAUAGUUCAUCCCGUUGUGCAUUUAAAUAAAUAA